GACGCGACGACGACGGCGACCGAAACACCGACGGCGGCGAAAGACGAGUAACAUGCACGGGUUGACGAUCGGCGCGACGCGCGCGAUGACGCUGGCGAAGAGGGACGUCGUCGGAAAGAGCGACGCGCGAGGACGAAGGAUGCGAACGCGAAGGACGACGACGACGACGGCGGCGGCGGGAGGGAACCAAGAUCCGAUCUUGCUUCGCGCGGCGCGAGGGGAAGACGUGGAACGACCGCCGGUGUGGCUGAUGCGUCAGGCGGGGAGGUACAUGGCGGAGUUUCGCGCGUACAGUACCAAGUACGGGUUCAGGCACCGAAGCGAGACGCCGGAGAUCGCCAUCGAGCUGUCGAUGCAACCGUGGCGGGCGUUUAAGCCGGAUGGGGUUAUCAUGUUUAGUGAUAUUUUGACUCCGUUGCCGGCGUUGGGGAUCGAGUUCGAUGUCGUGAAGGGGAAAGGGCCGGUGGUGACGCCGGUGAGGACGAUGGACGACGUCAAGGCGAUGAAGCAGCUGGACGAUCCAGAUUCGCAAUUGCCGUUCGUUCGUGAGAUUUUGAGCACGCUUCGGAAAGAAAUCGAAGGCCAAUCCACCAUGCUUGGUUUCAUCGGUUCGCCGUGGACGCUCGCGGCGUACGCCAUGGAAGGUUCGAGCGAUCGACACUUGGUGACGACGAAGCAAAUCAUGACGCAAGAUCCGGAGACGCUGCACGCGUUUUUGUCCAAGUUAGCCGACGCUCUCGGUGUGUACGUGUGCCAUCAGAUCGACAGUGGUGCGCAAGUGGUGCAAAUUUUCGAUUCUUGGGCCCACCACCUUUCGCCGCAACAGUAUCUCGAGUUUUCCCACCCGUAUAACGAGCGCGUCAUCGCGUACGUCAAGCAGCGUUAUCCGGACACUCCGCUCAUCUUCCACGCGAACGGCGGAUGCGGCAAGCUUCACGAGCUCAAGAAAUCUACGGCGGAUGUAAUUGGAUUGGAUUGGAACACGAGCAUGAGCGAGGCGCGAGCGGUGCUCGGUCCGGAUCGCGUGUUGCAAGGAAACAUGGAUCCCAUGUACCUCUUCGCGAGCCCGGAGCGCAUUAGACAAGAGGUGGCGAACAACGUGAGAGACGCCGGUAGCAGGAAGCACAUCUUGAACGUCGGUCACGGUGUGGUUCAAGGCACUCCGGAGGAGAACGUCGGACACUUCUGCGAUGCGGCGCGGGCGUCGGUUUACGCGCCCAAGGCGGUUGCGCGAUAG